AUGACCAGGAAGGUGUUCACCAACACACGGGAGCGCUGGCGCCAGCACAACGUCAACGCCGCCUUCUGCGAGCUACGUAAGCUCAUUCCCACCCACCCACCUGAGAAGAAGCUCAGCAAGAAUGAGAUCCUGCGGCUGGCCAUGCGAUACAUCAACUUCCUGGUGCAGAUCCUGGAGAGCCAGAGCGGCAAGCCUGCCUCGGGCUCCCCCAGCUCGCUGCUCACCUUCCUGCGGGGCAACGUGGAGCGCCUGCAGUCCAACCCCUGGGGCUUGGCCAGUGACACGGACGCCUCCUCGCCCGGGUCCAGCUGCGACAGCUCCGAGGCCUGGUAG